UACGAAAUCAAAGAUAACAUUGUAAAUGAAAAUACUCUACAUAGCAAUAAAAUAUGCUUUGAAUUCUAGCAUACGGCUUUGAUCUGAUCGUUUUCAUUUUCCUCAAAAAAAGAAAAAACCACCGCUUUAAGCGGAAUUGACAAUGCUGAAAUUGAGAUUCAUAAGACCUUGUCUAUUUUCUCCUCCUUUUAAUCAUUCUUCCUUCAGUUUCUCUCCAAAGCAACCCAUCAGUUUUGCUCUGCGAUCACGAAUGGGGUCAGACACGACGUCGUCGCAGUCAUCUUCGGUUCUCUUGUUUCGUCAGUUGUUUGAGAAAGAAUCCUCUACCUACACUUACCUCCUUGCUGAUUUCUCUCACCCUGAUAAACCAGCCCUUUUGAUUGACCCUGUAGACAAAACGGUUGAUAGAGAUUUAAGUUUGGUUAGAGAAUUGGGACUGAAGCUUAUAUAUGCUAUGAACACUCAUGUACAUGCUGAUCAUGUCACUGGAACUGGUCUCAUCAAGGGCAAGGUACCUGGCGUUAAAUCUGUUAUUUCAAAAGCGAGUAGUUCCAAGGCUGAUGUUUUUGUUGAACCUGGCGAUAAAAUCUGUUUUGGGAAUCUCUUUCUUGAGGUUCGUGCCACUCCUGGCCAUACAAUGGGCUGUGUUACCUAUGUCACAGGAGAUGGACCUGAUCAGCCUCAGCCAAGGAUGGCUUUCACAGGGGAUGCUCUGUUGGUAAGGGGUUGUGGGAGGACUGAUUUUCAGGGUGGAAGUUCACAGCAACUCUACAAGUCAGUGCAUUCACAGAUUUUCACAUUGCCCAAGGAAACAUUGCUAUAUCCAGCUCAUGAUUACAAAGGAUUCACAGUAACCACAGUGGGAGAGGAAAUGCUGUACAAUCCUCGCCUAACAAAGGAUGAGGAGACAUUCAAAGGCAUCAUGGAGAAUCUUAACUUGCCAUAUCCUAAGAUGAUCGAUGUAGCAGUGCCAGCAAAUAUGGUCUGUGGAUUGCAAGAUUUGGGUUCCAAAGACAGAUGAGGCUUUACCGGACUACCACAUGCACAGAUUUUAUUCAUAUUAUAAGCCGGGUCUGUACAUGAUUUGGAUAUGCUACAUAUAUGCCUAUUAAUGCUACUUGAUUGUAAAGAAUCAAAAAAUAAACAAUCAAAUAAAUAAGCAAGGAAUAAACAAUUGUAUUAUGUUGUAACUUGUAAGCCUGAAACAGUAUCAUCUCUCACUCAAACCAUCUAAAGUUGCUGGUUUUGUCACCUCACUUCGUAUCCGGUCUAGAGUAAAGCUGUGUUAAAGAGACAGUUGCAGACUGAAACUGAGUUCUUGAAUGUUUUUUUCUCCCUUCUGAACUGUACAAUUGAGUUUGA